GUUUAGUUCUCUCUCUGGUUCCGUUCCGGUAGUGAAAGAAGCGAUGAGCGUUGAAGAUCUUCCUCAGAAGGAAGUGAACGUUCUUAAAGGUCACGAGGGUGGUGUACUCGCUGCGAGGUUCAACUCCGACGGUAAUUAUAUCCUCAGUUGCGGUAAAGACCGUACCAUACGCCUCUGGAAUCCUCACCGUGGCAUCCAUAUCAAAACCUAUAAAUCCCAUGGCCGUGAAGUCCGCGACGUCCACGUCACAUCGGACAACUCCAAGUUAUGUUCCUGUGGUGGAGAUAGACAGGUCUUCUAUUGGGAUGUUGCAACUGGACGUGUAAUUAGAAAAUUUCGUGGUCAUGAUGGUGAGGUAAAUGGUGUAAAAUUCAAUGAAUAUUUAUCUGUUGUAGUCUCGGCAGGUUAUGAUCAAUCAUUGCGUGCUUGGGACUGCAGAUCCCACAGCACGGAGCCGAUUCAGAUUAUUGACACAUUUGCGGAUAGUGUUAUGUCUGUUUGUUUAACAAAAACUGAAAUUAUUGGAGGAAGUGUUGAUGGAACUGUUCGAACAUUUGAUAUGCGUAUUGGCAGAGAAAUAUCUGAUAGCUUUGGGCAACCUGUCAACUGUAUAUCGAUGUCAAAUGAUGGUAACUGCAUCCUGGCCGGUUGCUUAGACUCUACUGUGCGUCUUCUGGACAGAACCACAGGUGAACUAUUACAAGAAUAUAAAGGACACACUAACAAGUCUUACAAAUUGGAUUGCUGCCUUACCAAUACGGAUGCUCAUGUAACCGGUGGCUCUGAGGAUGGCUUCGUCUAUUUCUGGGAUCUUGUAGAUGCAUCUGUUGUGUCAAAAUUCAAAGCUCAUGCCUCAGUGGUAACAAGUGUAAGUUAUCACCCAAAGGAUAACUGUAUGAUAACUUCAUCAGUAGAUGGCACUAUUCGUGUAUGGAAGACAUAAAGAACAACAAACAUGCAAGCAAGAAGUUUCUUUGGUGUUUCCACACGUGCCAAAGAAACAUUUUCAAUUGCAAUUGGAGUUGUCACUUGGCACACAUCAUGUUACUUAAGCUGUUAUUAGAUAUAUGUAACAUUCUUAGUGAGUUUUGACUUGCAUGUGCAUUUAGUUUGGAAUAUAGUUAAUCAUACAUGGACCAUUGUAUGGGUCUGUUUUGUGAUACAUGGAAACCCUGAUCUUCAGACAAAUCAUACGACAGUUUUUUUGUCACCAUGAGAAAUUAGGUAUUGGGCAAUUCACUUUAUGUCUGUGAAGGAAAAGUGAGUUAUACUACAUUUGUUGUAUGAUCUAUCUAUCAAUUAUUAUCAAUUUUACUCGGUUGAUCUAAAUCCUGAA